GCAGAAGGACUUUAUCAGCGUCUCCGUCGCUUUGGGCCACUCCCGAGAGAUUGAAAAAGGAAGCUGCGGCAUAUCGCUCUUAGGAAAUAGCGAUAUCUCGCGCUUGACAAUAUUUAAUAUCACCCGGUCGCCGGAAAAUCCCGUAGAGUCGGUUCUCUCACCGGAAGUGCAGCUGCAAGACCGCCACGCGAAUCCGAAAUGGGCAUUAAUCCGAUGAAAUGGAAAACGAGGACUGUCGCUUACACGGCUCUGGGUAUUUUAUUGCUGUAUGUAUUGUUUAUUCAUACAAGAACGUACGAGGUAACGGUCACAGGUACCCUUAAAAAUUCAAACCCCGAACACGUUUGGGAGUACGUUGCCGAUUUUAGUAACAUGAAGACGUUAAAUCCGACGAUAGAGGAUUUCGAUAUUAUCGAGGAAAGCGGUAACUACGAUCACUGGAAAUACUCUGUCAAGUAUACGGAACAUUUGAGUCACAUGCCUGCGGUCAAGAACACUGCCCUGGGACACUUUUCAAUAUUACGGGAGAAGGACGAUUUCGUUAUUAAUUCGCAGCAUCGCACUUGCUUCUUCGCAAAUUUUGGCUGCUUGGAUUCCACCUCGCAGUUCAAGUUCAGCGGAUCUAAAGGAGAGACGAAAUGCUUGGAAACCGUGAAAUACGAAUGUCCUAUGGCUUUGUCGAAUCUCUGCGACAGGGAAGUCAGGUACCAACGACAGGAGAUCAUGAAGAAUUUAAAGGCGCACUUUACCAAGAAAAGCGUCCCGACGCUUACCAAGAACUCAUAACCCGCUUUACAGGAAUUUUUCGAACGAUUGUUUACAAUAUUCUUGUAAAACAUCUAAUUUUGAGUUGGUAAAACUCAGGAGGGAUGUCCAAACGUUUUCUACGCGUACCUUCGAUUUUAUAUCAAUGUACGAAUAAAGGAAGUGCCUUGAUUUUAUACUUGUGUAAAAAGAAAAAAAAA